CACCGACGCCCUUGAUUGAAGAAGGAAGGGGAAGGGAGAACCUCUGGUGGGAAACCUCCCACCAGUCUCAGCCACACCAUCCGCACCGAACCGCAUCGCCGCUGCCUGUGGUGGCCGCCGCUUCGCAUGCCGGCGUUUUGACCGAUCGUUUCGGCGGUCCCGAGGCGCUCUCCAUCGGUGGCGAUUAUGACGUCCUCCGGCGGCGGCAGGUUCAUGGCCUACUCGCCAUCCCCUUCCACCGCCCCUCACUCUCCUCACCUCUCCGGCCUCCGCUCCACCUCCUCCGCCCUCGCCGAGCAGGAGAAGUAUCUCAAUGAACUACUAGCAGAACGCCUGAAAUUAAGUCCUUUUGUGGCUGUGCUUCCAACUUGCUAUCGUCUGUUAAGCCAAGAAAUAGUGCGUGUAACUACACUCUUGGAGAAUGCAUCAGUUUUAGGUCAAAGUGGGCUUGAACAUGCUAGCCCCCUGGCUUCAGGAGGGAUAUUUUCGAAUGGAGGAGCAGAAUUGAAUGGAUGGCCAUCAAGGUUUCAAUCAGAACCGUCAUUAGCACAAAAUUGGAUGAAUUCUCAGGUUAGCUCAUCCGGUCUUCUUGUCAAGAAAACCGUUCGAUUGGAUAUUCCAGUUGACAAAUUUCCCAAUUACAACUUUGUUGGGCGCCUCCUCGGCCCUAGGGGAAACUCUCUUAAACGAGUGGAAGCAAGUACUGAGUGCCGCGUUCUAAUCAGAGGCCGCGGCAGCAUUAAAGAUCCUACUAGGGUAUGGUCAGAUUGGUUCUCUGAGGAAAUGAUGAGGGGCAAACCAGGAUAUGAGCAUUUGAAUGAACCACUUCACAUCCUCAUUGAGGCGGAAUUACCUGUUGAAAUAAUUGAUGCUCGCUUAAUUCAAGCUCGUGACGUCCUGCAAGAUUUGCUUAAGCCCGUGGACGAAUCUCAGGACUUCUACAAGAAGCAGCAGUUACGAGAGCUAGCAAUGCUCAAUGGCACGCUUCGUGAUGAGAGUUCUCCUAUGUCAGGUUCCUUGUCUCCCUUCAACACGAGCCUCGGUUUGAAGAGGGCCAAGACCAGGGGGUGAUUGAUUUUGUUAGCAGGCAUUUGGAUAUUGUGUGAGCUUCCAGCUAUGAGUGGUAGGUGUGAUGGUCAACACCUCUGACAGCCCCUGGUCACCGCCGCCACAGAUUCCCCGCACUAGUCUCCAAAUAUGAUGUGUAAUGGGUCGCUGGGAAUGGUUGCUUACGCUAAAACCCAGUAACUUGCCCUCGAGUUCUGAGGCUUGCAUCUUCGUGUUGUUUUAGGUAAGUCCUAGUCCAGAGAUUGUCAGGUUGAGAUUGCCCUUAGUAUGAGGAGGCUCUUUAAUGGUAACUUGUGAUGACAGUUUUGGGAAUGUUAAUGAGGGGUUUUCUCUGAGAAGGCUCGGGUCUGGAUGGUACACAGAGGAAGACAAAAGUGUGAUGUGCUCUCGUUUAUGUCUGGAUUGGAGUGUGUUUUGUAUUAGUGAGCGUAGUCAUAUUUAUAUUUGCUAAAACAUAUUCUUUAUUAUUAAAGCUUUGCUGACUGCAAU